AUGUGUCAGGAUGAAUUCAAAAUUGCAGCAGUAUGCCCGCAGCCUUUACCUCGCAUCUACUCCGCAGAUGAGAUUGUUCCGGUCAUCGAAAGGAUCAUUAUCCAAAUGAAUGCGACACGAGAUCAUAUCCUGCGGAAUGUGACAAAAGAUGAUGCUUCUUUUGAUACAGUCAUGCGUCCUUUGGUAGAUGUCGAGCAGGAAAACAAUAGCGACAUUGGGGUCAUCUGGAUGCUUCAGUAUGGCGCCCCUGACAAGGAAACACACGACGCCUUCUCCAAGGCGCGCCAACUGCUCAUUUCUGCAGAGGCAUCUUGGAACGCUAGCGAAGAAAUGUAUACAAUUCUUGGAGCUGCGCGCGACAACGAAAAAGACCUGGACACUGCGUCCAAGCUGCUCUUGGACAAGACGCUGUUGGAGUACAAGCUGUCCGGCUGUGGCACCAUCAGCAAGCAAGACAAGGAAGCAUUUGCAAAAGACACUAUAGAUUUGGAAAAUCUACUGGCUGAGGCGCGAAGCAAUAUAGCACAAGAGAGCGGGGGCAUAUGGCUUGCAGACGAGGACCUGCAAGAUCUGCCCGCCGAAGAGCUUGAUCGGAUCAAAAAGCACAAGCAGCCCAUGGAGACGCCGCCACAAGAGGGCAUGACAUUCGUUCCGUUCUCUAACGGCGGCACAGUUGCCGUACUGACAUUUGCUCGCAAUCCAGACGUGCGCAAAAAAAUGUACCUCGCGGACCAGAAGAAGCUGCUGAGAAACAUUCCGCUGUUGCGGGACAUUGUUAAAAGGCGCCAGAACUUGGCCCAACGACUUGGUUAUAACACGCAUGCAGAGCGUCGAAUGGAAACGCGUUUGUUAAAAGGGCCAGAUCAGGUCAAGGAGCUUUUGGAUAGCUUAUCGAGCGGCCUAGUGAGCAGAGGGCGGCGUGAAAUGGACAUGCUUCAAAAGAUGCGGCUCAAAGACCUGCAGAAGCUGGGGCGCGGCGGAGACUCGACUCUGCAAUCCAGCUUUCCGCCCUGGGAUCUCAAGUACUACCAGCGCCUUGUCAGUAGUAGUCGCAAGGUGGACGAGUCCGCAGUGUCGGAGUAUUUCCCGUUGGAAUACGUGAUUCCGCAGAUGCUGCAGAUCUUUGAGGACGCAUUGGGUCUGCGCUUCGAUUGUAUCCCAAAAACUGAGCUGAUAGAUGCAAAGAUAUGGCAUAAUACGGUGACUGUGUUUUCUGUCUGGGAUACUCGACAGGACGAGCCGGCUUUUAUGGGAUAUCUUUAUUUUGAUCUACUGUGGCGGGAGAAUAAGUUUCGUGGAGCUCAUAAUGUCACGAUGGAAUUUGGAUUUGAAAAGUCGAAUGGUGGCAGAAAAUACCCGUCCACCAUUGUCAUGAGUGCUUUUCCAACCGUCGGCGACGAGGGCUGCGUUCUAUUGAAGCAUCAUCAACUCAUAACCAUUUUUCACGAGCUCGGCCAUGCCAUCCAUAACUUGGUGUCACGGACCAAGUAUUUAAAGUUUCACGGAACCAGUCUCCCACCCGACUUUGUGGAAAUACCCAGCCUAAUGUUGGAGAAUUGGUGCUGGAUACCUCAGAUUCUCGUGUCAAUGAGCACGCAUUACAGCCAUUUGCGGCCGGAAUAUCGCGAAAAGUGGCAGCGCGUGCACCCUGGCGAGGAACAGCCACCCAAGCAACUCCCCGACGAGAUUGCGCAUGCGCUUGUAAAGUAUCGAUAUUCAGGACGCGGACUGUAUCACUUAUUCCAGCUGAGUAUAUCGCUGUUCGAUCUUGCUAUACACAGCGCCGGGAGCGCAGAAGAAGCUGAGAGCAUGAAUGUCCAGAAAGUUUGGUACGAUAUCCGCGAAAGAACCGAAGGUUUUGACUUUGCAGAAGUCAGAGAAACUGGUUCUGAUCUUGUUGCAUUUGCCCAUUUACUUGGAGGCUACGACAUGGCAUACUACUCCUACCUUUGCUGCUCGUCGUUUGCGCAAGACUUAUUCCAGAGUCUCUUUGCGGUAGACCCUACAAACACUAACGCCUGGGAACGCUAUCGCCAGAUGGUUCUGCAGCCAGGAGCCGAGCACCCUGACCUGUUGAAGCUGCUGGGGAAAGUACUGGGUCAUGCACCCAACGCAACUGCUUUGAUUAACGUGCUGGAGAAUGCUGAUUUGUAA